AGGGUUGGCACGGAACUUUGCUGGCAAGGGAAACAAAUAAAGUUGCAUAAAUGUGGAAAUAUGGCCUCAUAAAUAUCAAUCAUCCUUAGGAUUCUCAAAAAUCCUUAAAAUCACACACACAACACACAGUGAAGGCUUUUGGGGAAAGCAAUUGACAAUUGGGAGAAAAAAAAAUGCCAAUGAAGGUGUUGGAUGCCACCUUAUCAAAUUUUGAUGUGGUGUUUGACAAGUUCAAAGCAGAAGCCCCAAAUUACAAAGCCAAUCUCAUCCUUUUCUUGGCUGAUAAAGACCCUGCCACCUCUCUUUCCUGGUGCCCUGAUUGUGUGAGAGCUGAGCCCGUGAUAUACAAGAAGCUGGAAGUGUCAUCAGAUGACAUAGCCCUUUUGAGAGCUUACGUUGGAGAUAGACCAACUUGGAGAAAUCCUCAGCAUCCCUGGAGGGUGAACUCAACAUUCAAGCUUAGAGGAGUUCCUACGCUAGUCCGUUGGGAAAAUGAUGCAAUCAAAGGUCGUCUUGAAGAUCACGAGGCUCAUAUUGAACAAAAAAUUGAUGCCUUAGUUGCUGCAACUUAAAUCUUAUAGUUUUCUAAAGUAUGAUAGUUUGAUGGGAGAUAGGCUUUAUGCAAUCUCUUGCAGAUGUUCCAAAAUCAAUAAUCUACUGUACUCUAAAGUGACAGCCUGGGAUCAACACUUAAUCUUUAGCUUCAGCAAGAUUAAUACUGAUAAAAUAAGGUUUUUAUCAAUCUUUGUGGAAGAUUAAUUCAAUUGGGCUAUGCAUACCAUAAUAUCUAAAUAGGAACAAUGGAAGUGAAAUUCAGUGGAAUUAUUUGAUUCA